AUGGACGAAGAGCAUCGGACGCUGCUCAACAUCAUUCGGCGCUCCCAAGGCGAGCGCCGGUCCGAGCCCAAGGAGCGAAUUCUCUUGCGCGCGCAAGUCCCUGCGAUCUUUGAUGCGCACGACGACGACGACUCGAGCUUCAUCCAAGGCACAUCUCCGUCGUCCUCGUCGUGUAGAACUCAGGCGGCCGGUUUCUUAGACGCCGACGCAGUGUACGGCAUCGACCAGCAGCCCGUGACGCUCACAAUGCGCGUGUACAUCACGUACACGGGCAGCAACGUGAUCCAGAACGUGACGCUCGCCAUCACGGCGCCAACCAACGUCGUCGUCGUGUCCGCAUCCUCGGUCGUCUUGACUUCGGUCGACGGCAAGACAUCGACGCCGCUGAUCGUACCCGUGGUCUUGCGACCGAGCGGCACCGCGAUGCCGUCGUCGCUCGAGGUGACCAUCUCGGCGGCGUAUACGCUCGAGAGCGGCCAGCCGCGGACGUCCAUGUGCAUCGUCAAGCUGCCCAUGUGCAUGAUGUGUCGCGUCGUGCCGCCUGUGAAAGCAGGCACGUUCAAGUUUACGCUGGAUACGAACCAAGCGCCGCCGCUGCUCACGGACCUCUUCCAGGACAUGCUCACGCAACCUGGCGCGACGCCCGAGUGGGCCAAGCAGGUCACGGGCUCGACGGCCAACGUGCUCAGCUUCCAGUACUACAACGGCGUCGACGUGACGAUCCUCGUCUCCAAGAACGCAGGGCGGUACCGUAUCCAGUCGACGGAGCUCGACGCGCUCUGGAUGCUGCUCUACGAUACCGACGAUCUGCUCGAGAUCCAGUACGCGGAUCCGCUGCCAUUAGCCGACUUUUUCGGCGAGCACUUUCAUCUGCGGAAAGCCGUGGCCGAGCUCAAGGCCGACAUCAACGACCGCGCGCACGAGUUUCGCGUGAUCCAGAAGCGCCUACUCGUGCGGUACAAGGACCGCAACCCGGCGCCGCUGAGUGCGCUCGACGUACUCAUGCAUGGGACGUACGCGCAGUUGCUGGAUCUGGCAACGCAGAUGGAGCAAGCGCAGCGCAAGCUUGCAGCGGCCUCAAACCGCCUCUCGUGCAGCGUGAGCUUGCUGCUCAUGCUCAUGCGCUACAAAUUCAACCUGGACGACGCCAACUUUAACGUGCUUGCGGCGCACUUGUCGCCGAUCGUGGCCGACGCCGACUUGGGUUGGGAAGACGUGACCGAGGCUGCGAUCACAGAGCUGCUCAAGUCGGCAAAGGCGCCGGCGAGAGAGAUGACAGCGCCCGAGAUAGCGCUGCAGCAGGACACGAAGAAGCUCAAGAAACACAUUACGAUCGUGUGCGACCGGCUCGGAAAAGGAGCGCUCUUUGUCGGCGAGGCCCGGCCACGGCGACCGCCAUCGGACGACGACAACGGCAAGGACGACAACGGCAAGGACGACAACGGCAAGGACGACGACGACGGCGGCAAGGAGUAGCUGCUAUGCAGCAUCCUCUGUCGCCGUACUAGAAGUUAUAGGAGUAUAGGAUGGAUCAAGCAGGAAGAUGCGUACUACUACGUCACACCAGCCCAACCCGC